AUGCCUGACUCCCAAACCGAAUUUCGGAACUGGAAAUGCUCCAUCAACUUUGACGCAUUUGGACGCACUGCGGAAUGUCAAACCUACAUGUCCAGUUCGCCAAACAAAUACAACGUGUUGUGCAACGUUACCUUUCCACGAAUCUCACUCGUUUUUUCACACACUGUAAGUUAUAUCGAUUUGCAUCUUGCAGCUGGCCUAACUUAAGAAAUGCCAGCCGGGAUUCCGAAUGCAUUUUCUUGAUUGAAGAGACUUCUUAGAUGGGCUUGUUAUAUUGUUAACCGUGCAGCAUAACCUCCAGAUACUUUAUUCGUGCCGGACGGCGGCUUGUAAUAUGAUUUAGGGAAAACAUAUGCAAACAAAUUAUUUCAUAUACAUGCUUGAUAGAAAAUCUCGUUUUCUAUAUUUUCACACUUGAUGAAAGGAUAGGUAUGAGUUUUAACAACGUCUUUUAAUGCCCAAGUAAUUUUGAGUCCGUUUUGCAGGUGCGGUUGCCUUGCAACUGCCCUCUGUGCACGUUUGAUGUAAUAAAAGUCAUACAAUUCUCCCUGUUACUAAGAUGUCGUCAUGUAGGAUUUAUUUUAUUUCGUUGUCGGCGCGUACUAUAACUUUUGCUUUCCUAGAUGCGCUGUUUAAUGGACAGGCACAAACCUUUUUUAAAAUCUCAAAACUGCUGAUAUUUUAAAACCAAAUUAUGGCCUUUAUGUAACACAGACCUAGAGAAUACAUAUUUCCUACCAACCGCAGUGCAAUAUAAAAUACUGACAUGUUUUUUAUAAAAUAACAGCAUUGCACGUUAGCGCAUUACGUGCUCAUUCUAACAAAAUGGGAGACCAUUAAAGCAUUUGCAAAAAGUCGUACCCAGCUGCGGAUAUCCUAGGUUGAUUGACUUGUGUUCAGACAAUACUUUGCAAUAUUCGGUGUCACAACUAAUCUUUUCCAAUUAAUGGGUUCUUUUGUAAAUUAUGUUAACAUUUCGCGGGAUGUAGCAGGUGCUUAUAUUUUAAUAUUCUGGUCACUAAACCAUUACGCUCACAUAUGUCAUUACAGUCACUUCAACUGCUAUUUUUUUGGCGCAAGCGGUCAAGUCAUAGGCCAGAUUGGUGUGACGGGGAAUUAGUCUAACUCGCUACCUAGGGACAACAUUACCAAGUGACUCCUCCACGAAAAUCCGGUUGCUUAACUUUUUUCUUAUACCAAUUACUUAACCCAACAUAUUUUCUCAUAUAGAAGAAACCAACUAAUUUUUCGACAUAUUUGCGAAGCAUCUUCAAAUUUUGCAGAUUAAUGUGUAUAUUUUUGUAAGUAUUCUUUAAUGUUCCUCAUAUGGAUGAAAAGACAUUAUUGUCUUUCGGUUUCCUUAUGCAAGCUGUUUUGACUUCAAGGCCCACGCCUAUGAUAUGGAUCCCCUUAAAGACACAACCAUUGGGAGUUCUGAACAAAUCACUUUUUCCCGCAGUGACGUAUUUGGCAACGUCCACUUUGAGUUGAGCUACGAGGACCAGUUAAUUGGCAAUGAUGUUCUUCGUAUGCUUUACGUACUUCCAAAUAUAUUCGAAAACAUUUACCCGAGUGUUAUGAAGAACAAUCUUUUGGUCCGAAAACCGCAAUUGUUUUUGGCGAUAGGUCAAUUUCAUGCAUUUGCUCUUCGUCAGGAUGUAAACUGGCAGCUCCCCUUUUGUACAUAUCCCUAGGCUGCAUGUUGAAAAAUAUCUAAUAUAUAUUUGAAAGUACCAUGCAACGUCUUUUAAUUAUCCGACCGAUAAGGAACUAUCAGUAGGUCGCACGCGAAAUCAAUAUAAUUGCUAGAUUAGCGUGGGGCCGGAGUCAAUCAGGCUGCACACUUUUUGCGACUUCAGUGGCAAUUGGGAAUUAUUGUAGAUGUUGCGGAAUAUCUAGACGCAGACUUCACAAUCAGUCAGUUCAUAGUGCUUUAUUACAGCCGACCCGGACAACGACCAAUUUCCUUCUCUAACAGACUUUCACGAUGAGAGAAGACUCGUGGCUGGACACUGCCUGGCAACUUUGUCUUCUCGGGAAUGAGUAUUCCUGGAGUAUUGUUAGGCUGUAUCUAUCAAAUCCUUGAACCAUCAUUGGACACGUGCUAAUCUUCCCUAAACCGUCCAUAACUUGAACACAUAUUUCAGUUGUAUAUUUGUGAAUCCGUGCUGCUUACCCCGAUAAAAAUUAUUUGUCGACUAGAUACAUCAACUGUGAUAGUCGGGCAUGCGUGUCUUCAGACCUGGGAGUUCCUCUCUAAUCCCGGCUGAUCCGCAUUGCAACUGCGCAAGCGACAUCGAUUUCGCAGGCGAUGCGUGGUAACUCGGGCCGUCUUCCCGACAAUCAUACAUUGUGAUGGGGAAGUGCAAAACAGCAUGUGCAGAAGAUCUGAAACAGUGCAGGUAGUCGAGUGUUUGUACAAACGAAACACACUUGAUCUGCAUUCAGUCGGCCAACCCCAUUUCCUUAUGUAUUCGCAUGCAACUCAUUAGAUUCAAUUGAAAAGUCAAUUUAUCAAACACGCGUUUUCCGUAACUCUUCAUCAGGCCACAAACGGUUACGGAGAAGUUUAACUUAUGCGACGUUACAGGGCUUAAAAUUGAUUCAGGGACUAUUAACAGCAGUCGUUUCCAUACCAAUCAUCCUUCCCACGCCAUUCGCAUGACUAAGGCGUCUUACGGCGUGACUUGACCAUUGAGUCAAGGGGGCGAGGGAGAGGGGGAACAUAGGCGGUGAGUAAUGUUUGUACGUCUGGUACGUUGUGCACCCACCUCUGCCAUCAUGAGGUUGGGUCGAAGUUGGCGUCGGCGUUGGCCAUGGAAGACAAAACGGCUGUAUCAGAGUCUUCUGACAGCAUAGCACUGGAUUGGCUAGCCGAAUAUCCACUACCUCGGCCUUUUGCCUUUCAAUCCGCAAUUUGUUGGCGACGGAAGGGUAAUGAUGCUCGCCAAGCCCCAUGGCGGAAAUGUCAGUACCGACGGACGACAAGGAUCUUUCGUAAGUUUAGUUCUGAUUAAAGCUAAAUUUGACUCCAAAUUCCAACAAAAAUGGCAGAUUUGUUUGUUUUAGUUUCGAAAGCGUAGUUCCACGCGUUGGAUUCCAACGAUGAUCAAAAUGCGCAGACGAGUUGAUGAGUUGACCAGAUUACCACAGUCCAACUGCUGAUCAAAAUUAUCUGCGAGUAUCUAGUUUCACAUCCAAAUAUCCGUGCCAACCACAUCAUGGCGGGUUAUUUUGACGGUAUUUUACGUUAACGGGUCACUAUGAUAAUUAUGGCCUUGUUUGACUGAAGACGCGAACCCAUUUUAUCGAACUGUCCUUCAAAUUAAGUGCGUCCAGUAACAAAACAGAAAGUAUUUACCUCAUGAGGGUUUGUAGCCUGGAUUGGAGAAAGUGAAGAGGAGGUCCCUGUCUAACGGGACCAGUGGGAAAAGGUGUUGUACGGGUGGGGUAAUAGGGAGGACCCAUAGGAGAGUAACUUAAAAUAAAAGAAAAAAUGAAAGUUUACGAGAUAAUUAAUUUAAUUCGUCUUAGGUGAAAGAGCGCCGAAAAUUCUAAAAAGGCAUUUCAUAGGUGGCACAGCCUGCGGAAGACGGCGUCGAUGGAAAGAGAUAGGUCUAGGUGACAAGGCGCCACUCGUAACCAAUAGCGACGAGGUACCGAAGUCCAAGGUCAUUCCGCAGAAGGUGCCCCAGAAAAUACGACACGUGAUGAUGAAUGCUCGUGAAAGCAGAUCGCUGGACAGUGAAUCACAAUAGCGGUAAGUAUGAAUGUGGAAUACUUAAGAGGCAGAGGAUUGAAACCCAAUUGAUUAAUUUGUUCAAUAAUUAUCAUGCGAUUCCCACUUAUAGAACGCAGACAGCAAUGAAGGCGCACCCAGAAACUGAGAUGCUUAGCAGUUGACGGGGAAGGUAAACAAUGAGAUGUUAAUGAUGUUUUACACGUAGGUCAAUAUAAACAGGCAGAGGAAUUAUAAGCAGUAAGAACAACCGAACGCCAAGGCAAUGGACAUCUUGCCGUGGGAAUCUAGUGCAACGGAAGCAGUUUGUAAUUCGUUCAUACUGUACAUAGCAAUAGAGAAUUCUUUACUAAGUCUCCGAUUCUUUUUUCCCUUUUAAUCCAUAAGCUUAGCCAAAGAAUGCGCCGACGGGGAUGGAAUUGCUUUUAUUUGAAGGGAUAGAUGGGAUACCGAUGGGUUUCCUAACUGCUUGUCUUGACCAAUCGGAAGGCUACCCCGUAAGUACGCUGAACUUCAAACCGAUUUAUGGUGAAGGUGAAACGGAAAGCUAUGCGUACAGGUCGUCGCAAGGCGGCUAAAUUGCCCAACCACACGGGCAUGUGAAAUCGUCCGACACGCAAGCACAAAGCAAGGGAAGGAAACUGCACAGAAAGCCGGAGGCCCGGUUUGAUGCCGAAGCCUGUGAAAGUGCAAGGCAAGGUCACCCCCUAUUGUUGAGUAGCCCUCACAACCCAGCGGUGGUGGGGUGUGGGUGAGAAAAUGAGCAGCAAGGCAGGCAGGGAAUUUUCGCGGCAGUGGCCUGCGCAAAAGCGAAACCGUAGAAGCAACUGCUGGGAAGAAAUGGACCGCUGGCCGUCCUGGUCCUCACUGACCCAAGGCACCCAACCCAACUCGUAAACCUAAGUACGCAGACCUUAAGGCAGAACGAAAAACUGACCGUACUGAGCGCCGCAUGUCCGAGGGAGGCCGAGGCAGGCCAAAUCGACCGAUUGGGUGCCGGUGGAAGUGCUAACGGAAAACUCGGCAACAAAAGCAAACGGGUAGCGGCCUUAGAUGACCACACAGGAAGCCAGCGACGGGGUUUGACGUCUAUACCGGUAAGCAAGAAAGGUAAGUGCAGCCCCUUUAGUUUAGGGAACCGGUGAAAGUCGCCAAGUCCCAAGUCCGUUGCACGCGAAUGUUGGUAAUCUCUACGUCUCCCUUAGAUAACUGAAAUCGUACCCAUUUUCUACAGCUCAAUUAUGCAUAGAGUAAUGUAGCGCUCUGAGUACACUCACUUCCUGGGCGCUACAGUCCCAUGUCGCUUCGGGGAGCAAAAGCGACACCAGUGUCGCCUCACAUUGUCUGUGGGCGGCCCCUCGAAAAGAAGGUAUAGUAGUCACCCAAAUACUCCAGCAGGUCCUGUUCGCGAAGUGGGUCUUGUUGGGAGCAGCGAUGUCCACCGUGCAGCACGCCGGUUCUCCAACGACCACUGGCGUCCUCCGUUCCGGCCGGUUGCGCCCCAGGUUAUCUAGAAGGAAACGAACAGUCCAGGCCGCUAGAGUGAACGGAUGCAACGUAACAGCCUGUGUAAUGGGAAGGGAGUUGGGGACGGGUUGUUGCUAUUGUGGUUGUUGUUAGUAUUUCGACCGCGAGAUUUGCGUUGACGAGUCGCGGCAUACCUGUAAAUGAUUUAGACCCAGCAUUUGUUUAGGGCACUUUUUAGCCCCUCCUUGCGUUAGGAAGCAAGCAGUACUAUCCGUAAAUAGGGCUGUUUCGUAAAGAUAUGGCAGUUUAUAUACUCCAGACGGUUGCCGAACUGCAAUGUGGGUCUCGGCCUUAUUUAGUGGACAGCGAACCGAGUUAGCCAACGCAGCCUACAGGAUUUCAUGUCACCCUCAUCAUACGACUUUUUUGAAGAGGAAGGAAGGAGGAGGGAUGGAUAGGGAAGCAGAACUACCGCGUGCGGUGGAACACACAUACAGCAUCGGAUAUAUCCAUCUGUUUAAUGGCGUCGGUCCGGACGGUUACCGGGGUGUGGCUGCUGGGUAAAGCCGAGCUUCAAAGCGCCACAGAAGAGAGUUGGGUGCCAAUAAAUGUUCGUUGGGCUGAGCGCUGUUUUCUGCUGCCGAAGUUUAACACUUCUGCAACAACAUAGCUGUGUGUGUAAAUGAAUUUCCAGAUAGAGCGUGAAGAUAGUGCUCUGGUGUCUAUCCUGAAUGGUUCGUGAAGACUUUCCUACUUGACUACCAUAAGGAACCUGCAACGACGAAACAGUGAUUUUUUUUCUGCAUUGGGGCAUGGCUUUGCGCACCAAUUGCAGUCGGCUUCUCGGCCAAUACCGCCGCUGUCCAAACUGGCCAAACGUCUUCGAGGCUGACUCAGACAUGACCUCUCCACAAUUGGCGUCCAAAAUGUCUUCGUGUUCGGAACUAGGCCUGAUCCCGUAGUGGCCUGGGACUCACUAUUGCUCAUUGUUUAACGACAGAUAUGCCUGGUUUACAGCAUCUAUGAGGGUAGCUAUGUUGGGUUCUGCAAUGGCGAUUGUAAAGAUAUCAUCAAUGUAGCUGUCAUAAUGCCUUGGCUUAUUGAUCUGGUCGUUUAGUUAAAAUUUAUCUAACGUGUCUACCAAGACAUCGGUUAAUAGAGGCCUAAGAAGCGAGCUCAUAUGGACGCCGUCAGUCUGUCUAUGGAUUUUGUUGUCAAAAAAAAUAGAACACCUGGGAUUUAUUGCCAAUAGAAGCGAAGUGACGAGUCUCAGGAAGCAGUCGUGAGAAAGUAGACAUGAUCGCUUGGACAAGAGCUUUAUUUGCCUGACGUUUCGGAUUUCCGGCUAGAACUCAUCAUCAGAGAAAAAACAGAUACCGAUGGUUCAAGCACAAGGGGCUGCAGUAUUUAUAGGAUGCAGUCGCCAUGCUACCGCAUACCUAUGAACAUUCACGGCCCCCCCUCCCCCCUCCUUUCAUCUGGGAUCUUUGCACUUGGUGUGAUGACUGUUUGAUGGGCGACAUCCCUGUCGUUAAUUGCUGCAAUUUCAUCACGUUUGUUGGAUGCUGGUGUGACCACGCGAAUGUAACACCAGAAUAAUUGUGACAGAUCGUCUAUUGUCCGCAUACUCUCCCUCAUUUUGCUCUGCAAUCGUGACUUUUUGGCGAGGCAUAUGGCGUCGAGGUGUUCUUUAAGUAACGCACUGUAAUACUAUUGAACUAAUUAAACAACGCCAUUUAAAAUUCAUUUGUUCGUCUUUUGCGCUAAAGCGCCUAAAUUGUGCAUGGAAUAUCAGAACGGCCAUCCAGCAUGGUAUUGUCGCAACCUAAUUUCACUAGUUACUUUAACUCAUUGGUCAGUAAAUUCUCGUUAGAUAUUGGCUGCAAAACCAGCUUAAGUAAAACCUACAGUAGAAAUCUCUCACACCUGAUGUUUCGUGGAAUUUUUGCAGCAGUCAUGUAUUAUGUGUAUGCGGAGGCAUGCUUGUUCUCGUGGAAUAAACGGUGCGUCUCCCUCAAAUGGUAGCAAAUUUAUAAAAAAGUAAACCUAAAUCGUGCAGUAACCUAGGUGUGUUUGAAUACAGUCCACAACAUAUAUUGUACUUCGAUAUGGGUAUAGAUUCGAGAUCCAGAUAUUGUGUCACGUUCAUCAUACCCCAAAAAGGACAGAGAAGAAAAGAGGACGAAUUCAUAGACCGAAUUAUAUUUGAACUGACGUUUCGGAAACCCUCUCGUCUCCAUCAUCAGAGUAAAGUGUUGGCUGUUCCGGCUGACUUUGAUUGCUUCAGCCUUGAUACCUGCCUGGUAUUAUAUCCGUGCUCGAGGCACAAACUAUGACCUGCCCUUUCGCCGCCGAUUAGCGUUGGCCUCUCCGUGAUUGACCGCCGGUGGGCUUGUGUCAGUUCUGACCCGUUUGCGGCCGUCGUAAUUGUUGGCGAGCCAGCACGCUUGUCGGCCUCCCCCUCGUCACUCAACGGACUGAUCAGUUGUUGGGGCUCGCGUGAGUUGAUCUCAGCUUCGUGGGCGUCGCGGUGAGGUGGCGUCCUAUGCUGGUCACGUGACCUCCGCUCGGCUUCUCUCCUACUUUCGCUGGCAUCGGCUGUCGGCCACGCGUGACUUUGUUUGACUGUCCUGAUGGCCUUGUCCGCACUGACUCGAGCCUUGUGCGUAGCGCCUAGUAGGCGGGAUGCAGAUCUAUGGCUCUGUUGAGUGUGUUAGUCAAGGACCAACUUUCGAGCAUCAGUUUGACCAUUUUAUUAUUGGCUCGGCCGAUUACCCUUGCAUUCUCAAAAGCGAAAUUGUGGUUUUUCUGUUUGACGUGGCCAUAGACCAUAGACAGGUUGUCCUUGCGGUUGAUUGCAAGCUGGUGCUCAUGCAAUCUUGUGCCAAGCCGUUUGCCCGUUUUACCAACAUACCUUGCAUCACAGUUUUGGCGUGGUAUGCUGUAGACAACCGCUGAUUGUUCUGUCACCUGCAGCGGGUCUUUGGGCCUCAAGUGACACAAGCCCACCGGCGGUCAAUCACGGAGAGGCCAACGCUAAUCGGCGGCGAAAGGGCAGGUCAUAG